GAGGAGGAGGCGCAUGUGGAGGAGAGAGAGAGAAUGCGGGACUCUUGGAAAAAGACGCAUCUACUCUUGGUCCAUCACGAGACAUCCAUCCCGGACACAAACUGCAUGGAUUAAGCUUAAUUGGGGAUGAUGUUGGAAUCUCAAUUUUAGCCCUUCUAAAGAGGCUCUCCCUUUCAGUUUUAUACGGAAAAACAACAAUGAGAAACUCGCUCUGAAGCACUCUUGUCUUCAUCAUAACUUGCGUGAAGGAAUCCGACUGCUUGGCACGUUGCUCCACUGCGGGGAAAAGAGGAAAACGCAGCUGGAUCUGAAGGUAAGAGGAGAUCCAGUAACAGCAUCCCAAAGACUUUUCUCAAACUGAUUUCAAUUCCUCUUUUGCGGAUGCGAGUUAAUUUUCCUCGGCGUCCGGUGAGCUGAGCAGUGUUUUUUUUUUUCCUUUUGUGUGGUGCUGCAUUGCAGUUUCUAACUGUGAAAACCGCGAGAAAAGCUGCUGUCCCAAAUGUGACUGGAAUAAAAUAAUUUACAAGAGGCAUAAUGAACUGAUAAGCGACCUCGUCUGAUCUCCGGUUUUACGGGAAAGAAAGACUGAAGUGGAUUAUUUAAAGGCUGAUGAAUUAGUUGUUUCUAUUUCGCAGCAGCAUGGAUUUUUUUUUGACAUCUCUGUGGCGUGAACAGCCCAGCAAGACAUCGAGAGUAUUAUUAUAGAAGUUUAAAAAGCCCUGCUGGGUAAUAAGAGGAGGAUAAAAGAAAGGAGCCUUAAGUGUGAGAGUGCGGAAGCUUUUCCCCGGACCUCAGGCGGCUGUCCGCAGAGAGCGGCAGGGGAAGGUAAGAAAGGAUAAAUCAAACACCCACGCUGUGAACUACACCAGACCACAAAACAGCAUUAAAGAAAAAACAAGCGGCAGCUCAGAGGCAGACAGUGGGAAGGAGAGAUGCGAGAGAAGGAAGGCGCCAUGCAGAGGCUUGGUGCAGUGCACUCCUCCGCGGCGCAGGCUCUCAGCCUCGUGGUGUUAGUGCUGCAGCUGCUGACUCAGCUACCGGGUGCCGACUCAGCUCUCCGGUACCGAGUAGCGGAGGAGGGCCCACCUGACGUCAAGAUUGGCAACGUGGCCGCCGACCUGGGGCUCACAGCAGGUACAGGAAGCGGGGACGUCACCUUCGCCUUGGAGAGUGGCUCAGAGUUUUUUAGGAUUGAUAAUGUGACAGGUGAGCUGACAACUGGCCAAAAGCGCAUCGACAGAGAGAAGCUCCCACAGUGCCAGAUGAUAUUUGAUGAAAAUGAGUGUUUCUUGGACUUUGAGGUGUCAGUUAUUGGACCACUGCAGAGCUGGGUAGACCUGUUUGAAGGUCGUGUUGUCAUAACAGACAUCAAUGACAACACACCUUCUUUCCCCUCACCUGUUCUCCAGCUCUCAGUUGAGGAGAAUCGCCCCAUAGGAACUCUUUACCUGCUGCCCACAGCAACAGACAGGGAUUUUGGCCGAAAUGGAAUUGACCGGUAUGAGCUGAUUCAAGAUGGUGCUGCUGGGUCAAGUUCAACAAGACGCACAGCAGGAGGAAACCCCAUUGCGAGAGUGGAUGGAGGUGGCGACCGGAGGGGUAGAAGUGGAGAUAAUGGAGGAGGACCCCGGAGCACUGUGUUUGAACUACAAGUUGCAGACAUACCAGAUGGGGAAAAACAACCACAGCUAAUUGUGAAAGGCACUUUGGAUCGUGAGCAGAAAGACUCAUAUGAGCUCAUCCUCAGGGUUCGAGAUGGUGGAAACCCACCACGUUCCUCCCAAGCCCUACUUCGUGUGUCCAUCAGUGAUGUGAAUGACAACAGCCCACAGUUUGAGAGGUCCACAUAUGAGGCAGAAAUGGCAGAAAACGCUCCUCCAGGUACACCUGUCCUUCAGGUCAGAGCUUCAGACCGCGACAUUGGAGUCAAUGGGCAAGUUGAGUAUGUCUUUGGAGCGGCCACUGAAUCCGUCAGGCGACUCCUUCGGCUGGACGAGGCCACUGGAUGGCUGAGCGUCCUUCACAGGAUUGACAGGGAAGAUGUGUCUCAACUGAGGUUCACAGUAACAGCCAGAGACCGAGGUCAGCCACCCCGCACUGACCGCACCACUGUGAUCUUGGCUGUCCGGGACGAAAAUGACAAUGUCCCAGUGGUGGAGAUCCGAAAGAUUGGACGGAUCCCUGUUAGAGAUGGAGCAGCGUUAGUUCCAGAGAACGUUCUGGUGGACACACCAGUAGCUUUGGUACAGGUGUCAGACCGAGACCAGGGAGAGAAUGGAGCUGUGACGUGCACAGUCGUAGGAGACGUCCCAUUCACAUUGAAGCCAGCUGGUGAAACAGCACUCCCACCCAUGCCUGCAGAUGAAUCCUUUGACAGGAAUAAGAAAAAAUACUUCUUACAUACUUCUGCCUUGCUGGACUAUGAGGCCACCAAAGAGUACAGUGUUACCAUUGUGGCAGUAGAUUCUGGCAGCCCCAGUCUGUCAAGCAACAGUUCACUGAUGGUGCGUGUAGUAGAUAUCAAUGACCAUGCCCCCAUCUUUGCCCAGAGCGUUGUGGAAGUCCACUUUGCUGAGAACAACUCACCUGGUGAAAGAGUAGUCACAGUGUUAGCCUCAGAUGCAGACAGCGGCAAGAAUGCUGAGAUGGCAUACUCCCUGGACCCUGCUGGUAACGGGCAAUUUUACAUAGAUGCAAAUAAUGGAGAUAUCCGUGCCACAGGGGUUCUUGACCGUGAGGAGCGAGAGAGGUAUGAACUUCGAGUGAUUGCCAAGGACAAGGGUACACCUUCACUGCAAGGCUCCGCAACAGUUGUUGUUCAGGUGACCGACCGCAACGACAAUGCUCCAAAGUUUGUUCAGGAAAUCUUUAUAUUCUACGUGAAAGAGAAUCUGCUUGCCAACAGCCCGGUUGGCAUGGUCACCGUGACAGAUGCUGAUGAAGGCGAGAACGCAGAACUUAGUCUGUUUGUAGAAAUGGAUGGAGUUGAUGAGAAGAAGUCAGUGGAGAAGGUGGAAGGAGAAGAUAGUGAGAAAGAGCAGGAAGACAUGUUUUCCAUUGACAACAACACAGGAACUAUCUUUUCUUCUGCAUCGUUUGACCGUGAAACGCUUUCCUCCUACACCUUCCGUGUCCGGGCUGUGGAUGGAGGUGAGCCCCGGAAAACUGCCACCGCCACUGUCUCGCUCUUUGUGACAGAUGAAAAUGACAACGCCCCCUCAAUCACCUCUCCAUCCAAUGAGUCCUACACUCUCCUUCCACCCGCCAGCAGUGCCCGUACCAUAGUCAGGACUGUAACUGCCAUAGACUCAGACACUGGCCCAAAUGCAGACCUUCACUAUGAUCUGGUGGGGGGAAAUCCCUUCCGACUGUUUGAGAUUGGCCACACUAAUGGAGUGAUUACACUGGCAGAACCUCUGGAGCGGCGCCACAGAGGUCUGCACCGCCUGGUGAUCCGGGUCAAUGAUAGUGGAGCGCCCUCCCUCUGUGCCACCGCCCUGGUUCAUGUCUUCAUCAACGAGAGCUUGGCCAACGCAACCCUUGUGGAUGCACAGGGGACCCUUCGCCGGGUGACCUUCUCUGUAGUCAGCCAGCCCCAGGACGGAGGUUGCUAUGACAGUGGCCUGGAAGACUCGGAGACCCCGAGCAGCAAGAGUUCAUCAGGGCCGAGACUGGGAGCCCUGCCUCUGCCCGAGGAAGGCUACGAGCGGACCACACCGGAAGGUAGUGUGGGCGAAGAAGAGCACGUGGAAAAUGAUGCCAGACAGCUGCCAGACGUAGCCCUGACAGGAAAGUGUACCAGGGAGUGUGAUGAGUUCGGCCACUCUGACACUUGUUGGAUGCCUGUUCGCACUUCGCCUCGCCAGCGCCAGCGCCAUGGCAGCGACCCCCCACGGCUCUCCACUUUCGCCCCUGGUGACGAUAAUAACAAUCUCCGUGGUAACGACCAUGAGAGCGACAGCGAGAGUGCUGGCAGUGCGGGGAGCUCAGAACCCGGGGUGGUGGUCAGUGGAGAAGGUCAGAGAUUACCCUUAGUCAACGGGGAUCCUCUCGGCACCCUGGGUAGUGCAGACCGCAACAGGAACAUGGGCGAUCACAACCGUAAUCUUCUGAACCGCAAGAUGACUUCGGCAUCCUAUGACACAUUUAGCAGUGCAGGCUUUGGGAGGCGCCAGCAGGACGAGGAAGGAGGAGAAGGCCAGAACCCAACUGAGGUCAUUCCCCUGACGCGGACAGGAGGGGACUACAAGACCACGUCCUGCCUCACGUUGUCACGCCGAGAGGUCUACCUGUGACAGCCUUGCAAUUGAGCAAUCAUCACCACACUACUCCAUUUUCUGAAAAACAGGGAGGGUUAAGGAAAGAUGUUUUCUAAAAGCCGUUUAUCAAAUUGAAACUUUUGGAUUCUGGCUAUUAUUUAUAGGCAUCCUAACUUAAACAAGUGAUGGACUAACUCUUCUGAAAGCUCUGAAUAAGAGUACUUUCUUUAAAAAAAAGUCUUUUUUAAUUACUACUGAAAGUUGCCUUUAGGCAAAGAUCCUCUUGUAUGUCCACAUGAAGGAAGACAAAUUCUUCUCUUCUUCUUUGUACCUGAAUCAAAUGCAUGCCUGAUCCUCUGCCAUAGAGGGAUUUGUGUGAAGAAGAGAAAGACUGAGACUGAGUGAAUCCUGAUGCUUAACAUGCCUCAGUUCAUAUACAAACUUUAACUGAGGCUACAGCAGGCAAGAUUUGAACUCAUCUGGUGAAUCAUCUGCUGAAAACCACUGAGGUCUUAUCCAGUCAAAUAGAUGAAAAUAAAUAACGGGUCUUCGAUUGAGUUAUUUGGAUCCAACUCAAAUCAAUCAAACUCUCAAAUUCUCAUGCCUAAUAAACUCUAUUGUAACAAGCAAAGAUAUUAACCAAUCAAACAGCUUAUCCCGUGAGAAGCUUAACAAGUCUUAAAAAAGUAUUGAAGAACUGACAAAAGUGUGUCACUGUACAGUUAUAUUGUAGAAAAACUUGCUGAUCUCUUAAAUCAGGUAUCUUUAAAAACAAAUGAUUCAGAACAAACUGCAACAAUGUGAAAAUGCCUUUUUUUUAACGGCAGUCAAAUGUAACCAUUCAGAAUCCAAGGUUCCCAUAGUGUCAGUAGUGCCACUGAAUUCCGGCGUGUGGGAAAAUAUGUCUUCAUUAUUUUGCCUUUACACCCAGUCUGUAUGUAUAUAUUGUAUGUGUGUAUUUGAUAAGACGGCAGUGUUAUUCCUUGCCACUGUCCACCGUUUCAGAGUAGACUGAGGUGCUGUGUCCAUUACACGCCUACAGUAUCCUAACAGUGUUCCUCUAUCAUAAUUGUUCUUUCGCACACACACAUGCACACACAUAUACACAUGCCGCAUGCACGCACUUACACAUACACACAGACCCAAGCAUGACAACACAAACUCAUACAGUGCAUUUACAGAAUGUGAACAUGCAUAGCGCCACAGAUUAUGACAUGAUUCAGUGGCUGUGAAACAUAGACUAUAUAAUAACUUGCAUUAACUUUCAUUCAGAAACAUUAGGCACACACACACACACUCACAUACAUCAUAUUAAGUAGAGAGACAAAUUCAUUUAAGGAUUUGCGCAAUGCUCGAUUCAUAUGCACUGUGUGUAUGUGCUCUUAAUCAUAAUUUUUUUACAUAUUGCCUCAUUAAACUAGCCGUAGCAUUUUGCCUGCUCCCCCCAGCAAGUAUUUAAACAUGAAAUGUAUUUAAAUAAUGACUCAUCUCUCUGACUGAUGUGUGGGGCUACAUUAAAGGGAAUUUCAGACAUGUCAUCUACUGUAUGUAAUGAUACUGUAAGUAGGACUAAUAGAAAAACCAAAUUUCUUUAAGAAAAAAAAGGAAAUGAAAAAACUGCAUGAAAGAAAGAUAAUACCUUUUUUUCUCUCUUUUCUAAACCAUACGCCUUUUGGAUACCACGCCUAUUUGGAUACAUCUGUAUUUUAUGUACGUGCCCACGGGGAAAUGGAGAUAAUGAUGGCAGCAAGUGAGUUAGUUUCAGUGGAUUAAACUGUUCCCACUUUAUCAUGAGAGUUAGUUUUGGGUCAUUCUCUCAGUUCCCAUGGCUUGCAGUUGGCACAAUGUGUCCCGCAGGCUGUAACAAAAAAGAACACAAUGUAAUGGCAGCGCAGAGUUGACUGUACUCUUUGCACCGCACAGUGCAGACCUGAACACGCCCAUACCGCUGUGCUGAACUGCACAGAUAACAGACUCCUUCACAUUCGUCCUCCUCGCAGCUACCGCACGACUGCAGACACACUCUGCUGCACGGGGCUGAGGAGUGGGUGUGGAUCAAGGCCAGCACAUCUUAAUUCCCAUCAUCAGUGUGUGGUUCAGUAGUGUGAUAGGAAUAAUAGGGUUAAGUCGUCCCUGUGGUCUUAAUGAGUUUCUUUUCUCCUCUCUUCUCCUCCCUUUAUCUGCACUGAUCUCAUUAAUGUUCGGAUUUGGCGAAUGUAACACUGCUGGAAAUUGCCAGUAAGCGUGUCUCUUCAUUUUACCGGUUGUUAUGGAUCAGAUAAAAUGAAAGAGACAUGCUUGUGCUUGAUGUGCUACAAUUUAGUUCACAGAUCCUUGUAGAGCAAAGAAUUAGUCAGAAAGGAGAGUAACACUCAGGUAAGAUGUGCGACAAUGUUCCACUUGUUAACUAACCACACUGUUGCUGCUUGACUGUCCCCUCACUGAAAGGUAACCAUGUGGUAACAGUGAAGUAGGGAGUCUUCAUUUUACAACGGUAAUCAUCCUAAGAAAGGGGUGUGUUCAUGUGCGUGAUUACACUUUGUAUACCUGUAUAUACCUUGAACUUUACAACUCUGUGAAUGACUCCCUUUAGCUUGUUUAAGGCCACUGAUGUGCUUACUCCCUAAGCUUUCAUUACCCCCAAAUCCCCAACAUAGCUGUUUACUGAGCUCUGUUACUGAUGGACUGUGCUGAAGAACUUAAAGCCUAACGCAUGGAGUUAAUCUGUUGAAAAGGGUUUGGUGAAAACAAUCACAGCUUCCUCUGCUUCUGGACAGCUUCUUACUCUGAGAAACAGAAGGACACAUGCUCUUUCUCUGGGAGAAAGAGUGGAGAUAAGGGUUUCUCCAUCCCUUGGAGGCGAGAAAUGUCCUGAAAAACUAACGUCCAUUUAGUAGGUUUUGGACAGAGACUCUUGACACAGCCCUGCCUUCUCAAAGUGGCAGAUAUUUCAACAAACUGCUGUUUUAUGGCAGUUCCAUUAUGGCACCUUUCAAACCUUCCCAUCAAGAUUCAAGGGAACUUGCUGUACAUGAAUCUGUGUGAGUGUGUAUCUUUUUUUAUACUGCACGUUUAAACAUGAAUAUCUUUCAGUCUACUGCAAAACAGAGAGGGGAGACAUACAGAUAGGAGCGUAACUCGGAGAUGUAUCACCUACUAAUCGGGACAUUUUGAAAAAAAAAGACACUUUGGCGCUAAUCAUGUAACUGUCAUCCCCUCGUGCUGUUAACCUUAUAGCCAUGUACAGAUAAAACUACACUGUAGAACAGACAACUGGAAACCAUAACAGACAAUGGCAUGCCUAAGGUCUUCAAAUCUGCACUUGAGAAAAAAUUAGAAAAAACUGUUAUUUUUAUUUUCCUCUACUUUGUUUUCUUUUCUUAAGGGGCUGGCUCUGUUUUUUGCUGCUCCCUUCCUGUAAUUACAUAAUGAACUAAUUGCAUUUGCUAGGAAGAUGAAGAGAUGCCGACGUAUGGUUUGGUAUGAGGAAGAAUCGUGUAAAAGUUUGACUUUGACAUUAAAAACUUCA